AUCGAUGGCAACGAUUCGAAGUAUGUCAGUUUUAGUCGAUGUAAAUCUGUUUUUUUGUUACAAGAAAUUAUGUUAUGUUUAUACCGCAAAGUGGUGAAUUAUAAAUCGUUUCUUUGACUAUCAAAACGAAGCAAAACAAUGAAUCCCGGUAAUUACCAACAAAAUUACUAUGAAAACCAGCCGGACAACAAUUGUGGUCAAUUUUACCAAUCCGAAGCGGAUCAUUUUGAAAACAAUUACGAAGAUCCCCCCAGUUUACGCGUCCCAGAUGCCCAACUAUACGCAGAUGGUGUUGAGAACAUGACCGAAAUGUUUUCCCGAAAUCCACCCUUUUCCGAUUCGGUUCCACCUUUGGAAAUGCCCAGGCGAUCUGUAAACGUUGAGCAGCCUUCCGAAUAUUUUUAUAAAGUUGCGCCACACCACAAGCCACAUUAUGAGCCGGUAGUAACACCUCAGCCUCACAAAAUGAGAACUAAUAAUUACCAUUACCCCCAUUGCACGGAAUAUUCAACCGCUGUGGAAGAUCAAGUGAUUCAUAGAAGAAACGAAGAAAUCUACAUAGAUGAAGGCGGUUACUAUUGCGAACAGUAUCCGCAAAUGAAAGCUUCGCCUCAUGUGUGUAAAGUGCAUCAAAACAAAAUGCAAACCUGUGCUUUGCACCAGAAUUAUGGAGCUUUAAAGAUGCCUCCAGUUGAACCUAGCAUCAAAAGUAAAAAACUCAUCAAGGAUGUGUAUAUUGACUAUAGGGAGAAGAAUUUUUAUGGGCAUAAGGCGGCAAGAGCAACGCCUGUUAGGAAGCAGGCAGUAACAGUAAAAACCCCCAAGUAUUUUACAAGAAAUCCACUGUCUGCAACAGGGAGUAAAAGGGCUUCAGUACUUUGCCUUCCGGUGGUAUCUCAAGCCGAUCCGGCACUGACGAAAAGGAAAAGUAAAACGAAUCAUCAAAUAAGAAAAAAUUAUCCACAAACAAAGACCCUGUUCGCUAGCGCCUACGAGCAAAGCGACACUUUGUCCACACACAAAAUGCAUUCACAAGGCGAUGUUAAAGAGCAUUUGGCCCCGAAAGGAGUUGAAACUUUCCUGGACAAUUAUGACGAUAAUUUUGAGCAAUCGGACGACUUUUACGAUGUUAAUCCUGGCAAUGUUAACGAGCGAGAGGAACAAGAAUUUAAGGAGUUUGCCAAGUAUCUAAAACCCAGGGUACCUUCGUCAAUCAAAAUCAGACAAGAAAAGCUAGCAAAUAUGAAAGCACAAAAAUCGCUUGAGCCGAAGUUGAAGCUGAGUCUAGACAAAUUGCUAAAUCGGCUACAGAAAUGCGAAAAUGCUGAAAGUAUUGAAAAAGUGUCUAUCGGUUGUUCGCACGAGGACCCGCAAGUAAAAAAUGAAAAAGGCAAAGAUAAAAGAGAAGUGAAGAUUGAUAAGGUAGAGAGUUUUAACUACGAAACUCUCUCGCGGAAAUUUUCUCCGACAAAUGAAGACUCGGAGGUAUUUAAUUCUGGCAAAGCGAAGCCAGUUAGCAAAUGGUUUGGGCCUGUGGAGCCGGAAAAAUCCGUAAAACUGCUCAGGCCAAUGGAUGAUCAAUGCGCUCUCGAUUUGCAUAAAUCGAAAAGCUAUAUAGUGGAUUUGAUUGAUCGGGCUUUAAGUAAGGAGUUGGGCACCGUUCCACGAGAUCAGGUGGUUUUUGAAAAUUUGACUCCUAACAAGGCGGUGGCAACUAUAAGUAGGCAACAAAAAUUCCAACAUCGUAAUGGAGUUAGCUACGAGGUGACUGCCGCCUUGACAGAUUCCAUUAUUUCCAAUGCUUCCGCGCCUCCCAAUCUGGAUUCUAAUCAGUUAGUGGAACGAAGUAGAAGCCAGGGUGAGAUGAAGGAAAAGAGCGGCGAAGAUGGUUAUAUAAAGCAGUUGAAACAGCUCAGAUGGGGCCAUAUAAGGCACAUCCAGCACGAGGCGCGAAGACUGGCCGAUCUGGAGGAGUUUCUGGAAAAGUGUGGCGAAAUAGAAUACUAACCCUAGACGAUUAUUUGAUCAAAUUAUCUGAGUAAUAAAUUAUUGUUUAUUCUUGUCUUGA